CCCCAUUUACGGACAAAGUAGGUCCAGAUAUAGGCUUUAUAGACUAUAGGGAGUAGCCUGCCAGAAGCACAUGCCCAAUUGGCCUUGCGUGCUUGGUGAUGACGAGUCCAUCAUCAGGUGGUGGGAAGGCGGAUGACUCCUGUUGAUCCUCCGAGUUUGGUGUACACUGGUCAUAACUAUGAUGCUGCUGAGAAGCGACAAGCUUACCGGGGCUGGCCUAUACAAUGGUUCUUGAAUCCCACCAUGUCUUAUGACUAUUUCAUUGAGACUCAGUUGAUGGUAAGUUUACUUUUUUUUUUUUUUUUUUUUUUUUUUGCAAUAUUGCUUGUUAUUAACCUGUAUUUUGUCUUGUCUUUUACAGGUUAGGCACUGGACCUCUGGACUAAACACGGUGAGGCUAUAUGACGAUCGUGUCGGGGAGGCAUGAGAUGUGGACCUUCCUUUUGACAGGGAAGAGAAUGAGGCUAACCCUUUGCCUGAUAAUGUUCAACAGGUAAAUCUUAGCUAUCAUGUGCUUCUUUGUCAUACUUGGUGAACUGUUUUUGACUUGGAUGUUUGUGAUAGGCCAACCGUAGUGAGAUCAAGAUCUUGUACAGGGCUUUGAACAAUGCGAAGGGGUUCUUGAAGAAGACCUUUAGUAAGGUAUGACUAUGUUUGAGCUAGUUUGAGUAUGCAUGGUUUUGUCUUUUAUGCCUUUUGCUAACUCUUUUUUUCUUUCUCUGUUAGAAGAAAAGCUCCACUCCUUCUGCUACUGAGGGGAGAAGAUCGCGGCGUAGUCAACGGGAGGAGCCCCCUGCUACAGAAGCUAGUGGUGGAGGUGGUGAGUCUAGUAUGCCUCACAGGCAUUCUAUGGACAUUCCUGAGCCUUCAGGUAACUGGUGGGAUCAGGGAGCUGUUCCUGAUAGACACUCCUAUGCUAGCUCGAGUUUCUUUGAUUGUGGGCAGUCUUCUUUUGACUCCUAAUAUACAUUGACUAGAUUAAGAUUUAGCCGUUAGGAUUCAGAAAUCGUGAUUUAUGCCACUUUUUAGGACUUAUGUGCUAGUACCCCUUGCAUUAUAAAUAAAUGUGAUUAAUGCUCCCAAAAUCAUAUUCUACUUCUCUUAAAAAAGUAGAAGAACAUAAUUAUAAUUUAGAAUUGCCACUUGAGAAUUAGGUUAAUAGAAAAGAGAAAAGAUGGGUGAGGAAAGUUAUAAAAAAAGUAUUAAAAAGUGGAUGAAUGGUUUAAGCAUAGAAGAAUAACAGGAAUUCCGAGCCUAUCAUCUAGAUUCAUUGUUCUCCUUGAAACAAGUCCGUGUAGACUACGAAUUUCUUCGUGCUGCCUGUAGCUUUUGGGACCCUGGUCAACAUGUGUUUUGCUUUAGGAAUAAUGAAAUAUGUCCCCAUCCAGAUGAAUUUUGUGCCAUUGUAGGGUUUCCCACUAAUACACAUACUGCAGUUCCUUUGAAAGAUUUCUAGGAUUAACUGUUGCGAAUCUAGAGACAUGGUUGAUGGGAAGAUUGUAAACUUGCUGAAGAUUGUCCAGAAAUUUCGUGAUCUUGUCACCAACUUAACCGCCAAAACCUUAUACACUUGGUGGAGCAAAUUGAGGGAGAAUGCAAUCCACUCCCCAUGGUGGUGGCUGAAACCAUUGCUUGCCUUGAUCUGAUUAGGAACGAUCAACGACAAUGCUUCUUCGGCAGUCCGGUACUGCUUCAGUUCUUGUAAUGCAGAUUUGGAUGCAAGAAAGGAUGAAAUUGAUUGAACAACCUUUGGAAUUGAGUAGCUAUAGGCCUAAGGGUUUAACCCAAAGGCGUAUUUUGCAACAAAGAAACAGUUUUGAGGAGUGGCGUUCCUACAUGUCCCAUGGUGGCCUGUCCAUUCGAUGGGUCAUUCCAUGGUGGUUCUUGAAAUCCAUGUUGGGUGUUCAAGAAAAUGUUGCCUUCAUUUGGCUAUUUGGGAUACGUAACACUACUUACGUAUUCUCAUGGAGGAUCAUGCGUCAGUAUGGUAUGAGGCAAAUCAUUCCAACCAUGGAUACAGUUCCUCAACCUCCAUUAGAGGUUCGUGUUGGAUCUAUCAGUGCAUGGUAUGAAUAUAUGGUGAAACUCCCACAUUGGGUAAUUACCAUCGAUCGGAAUCCUUUAGUUAUUUCUAAGCAUUAUGUGGCUUGGAUGAUUGCUACUACUUCCGAGGAACGACUCACUGCACGUCGUGCUGAAGCUACUGCAAUGACAGGACCUACUGCCAAAGUGGUCCCUACAGUGGCUAAACCUAAUGUACCGGCUGGUGGAAACAGUUCGGCAACUGGAAAAUGGCAAAAACGUCCGAAUGUUCAAUCAAAGAAACAAGGGAAGGUGGCCAAAGCACAUGAUGACCCGACCGAGCCUCCCGGUUUUGAGUCUAAACCUGUGCAAGUGCAGAGACCUAUGCUGAGGGGAUCUAACAACACAUGGGUACGGACUGAAGCGGUCAAGCCUAGCAAGUUUGAUCGACACAAGGAUGAUGGUGCCUCCAGUUUGAGCAUUCCUGCGAAUGAGGAUGGCAAGAUUAAUGAUAAUGACGGUGCUAUGGCCGGGUAAACCAUAGUGUUUUUUACUUUUCCCUUUUCUUUUUCUUAGAAUAAGGUGUAUGUGCACCAUGGCUUGUUUUGCUACAAACUUUAUGUAUUGGUUUUAUUUCUUUGUUUAGUUUAUUGUAUUUUUGGACUUUGCAAUGGUUAAGGAGUGUUAAAAUUUUAAUUUUUUAAUUUAUGUUUUAGUUUAUCAGCAUCCUUUAUUUUGAGAAUGAAACAUGUCAUUUUUUUGUUUAUUAAAGUGGCCAAACCAAUAAGGUUGCCUACGUAUCCUUUUCAGGGAAUCAGGUCGUACGUAGUUCAAUUGAACUCCAAAAUUGAACAAGAGUCCAAUCUAAUUGAAAAGUACCAAAAUGUUUGGAUAUGAGGAUUUA